UGUAAACACUAAUGGCCGAGGCAGGCGCUGACUUCCGAAACUUUUCUGCGUAACUUAAGAAUCCGUCACAACAUCUUACAGUCCUUAAAAUGGUUAUUGAUUGUAAAAGUCACAAGUUUGAGAAACCACAGCGUGCAGUGUUGGUGGCUCAGGAUGUUAAGAAAUGGGAGCUAUCAGAAGCUUACCAGGACAUCUUAGGAUUCCUGAUAUCAAUGAAUGAUGCUGUAAAAGGGAAGAAGCUAAGUGUGGAAUGCAAGACAAAUGAUGUUGUUACGGGAAUCCUAAAGAUGUUGGAUACCCUCAGUCAGUGGAUAGAUGAGAUCCCUGCAGUUGACCAACCACAGCGUUAUGGCAAUAAAGCCUUUCGCGAUUUUUAUGCCAGGCUGAAAGAGAAAGGAGAAGAAGUUGUACAAUCUGCACUUCCAGAAGAAUUCCAUUCUGCAGUCCCAGAAAUUGGUGUAUAUCUUGUAGAGAGUGUGGGAAACUCAACACGCAUUGAUUAUGGGACAGGACAUGAACUGGCCUUCCUUAUGUUCCUCACAUGCAUCUUCAAAAUUGGGGCUUUAAAGCAAGAAGACUCUGUUGCAGCAGUUACCAAAAUAUUUCGAAG